AGCGAAAAGCGGCUCGAGUGAGAAGCAAGUCCUGGCCUUCGCCUUUGCAGAGACCUGACACAUUCACAAGACCAUGGGCGCGACAGUGCAGGAUCUCAUUCAAGAGACAUCUACGAUCAAUACUCAGACCCUUCCAGUCGGCGUUUGGCACGAGAAGUGCGGCCGUGCCGGGCGCAGCCGCCACCGACCUAGGCCGCGUCGAACUGGCCGGCGAAUCCAUGAAGACCCUGCCAACGGCACAGACCUUUCUCAGAUGGACGUUGAAGACGUCAUCAAGGCGAUGAAAGCGUCUGUGGGAAAUCCACAGGUGCAGGAGAAAGGAUUCGACGCCUUGAACCUCUGUGUUGAAGAUCCCAAGAGCCACAUUGAGGUGGCCAGGCUGGAUGGUAUUGCUAUGAUUGUAAAGGCGAUGGAACAGCAUCAAAUGGAAGUACAGCUGGCGGCCAUGAACAUCCUGGAGAAGAUGACCUCGGGCGAUCCUGCGCAUACCAAAGCCAUGGUCAAUGUGCAAGGCAUCAAUGCCAUCCUCAACGCUAUGGCUCAGAGUCUGAGUAAGGCAGACUUGCAGGCAGCUGGGUGCAAAAUCCUGUGCAACGUUGCAAAGCACGAUGCCCAUUGCCAAGAGAAGGUUGCCAAGUCUGGAGCUGCUCAGGCAGUGCUGGAUGCCAUGCGGGCGCAUUGUGCUUCUGCGACCAUUCAGGAGCUGGGAUGUCAGGCCUUGAAGGAGUUUGCAGCCUUCAAUGCUGAGAGCCAGGAGGACAUCUACGUGCGCGGGGGAAUCCAGGUGGUGCUCCGAGCUAUGGAGUCUUACCCGGAGCUUCCAAAUCUCCAGGUCAUGGGUUGUGGCGUCCUGCGGAAUUUAGCGGCCUGCAACAGUCAACAGCAGCAAGCCGUGGUGUCCCGCGGGGGCAUCCAGGUAGUCAUGGAUGCAAUGUCGGCGCACAAGGACCACGCCCUGAUGCAGUGGGCGGGAUGCUGGACACUGUUCUGCCUCUGCGUGCACAAUGCAGAGAUGCGGUCAGAGGUCUAUGCCUAUGGUGCCGCUAGAGCAGCGCUCAAGGCGCUCGAGGCACAUCGAUUGGAGGCCCGCGUGCAAGAAGCCGGCUGCUGGCUCUUGAAGGAGUUGGCAGAGCACAUGGCCAGCUGCAAGGACAGGGCGACCUUCUCGGCGGCCAUCCAGGCCGCAUUGAAGGCAGUGGAGAAGUACCCUGGGAAUCAGGCAGUUGAGAAAGCAGCAAGGACUGCGCUACAAAAGCUCUCCGCCUUUGACAAGGAGGGCUGGGUAAAGAUGGCCUGUCUUGGGCGCUGUGGACGUCUCGGGCGUACAGCCACGAUGCGAACCCUUGAGGCGAUUCAGGAGUAAGAAGAGUGUACUGAGUGGAUCAUGCAUCUUCCGUUCAAACGUGCCAGCGAGAUUUGAGGGAAGCUUUGAGGAUACUACGAAGUGAUGUAGUGAGGAUUGAGGGUCAGCCAGCUGCUUGUUGUGACUGAGUGUUUUUGUAUAUAGCUGAUUGAGAAACAGUCGGCUCCGCCAGCGUUUAGGGCAAACACUCGGCAACGAGUGUUUGAGAAGCUAGACUGGCACCUGGGCAGGAAUCAAGGCGAAGUAGAUCGGCACAUGACCAUGUUGUACAUUUCAAGAGGCUGGA